GGUAAACCCUUAUUCUGGAAAAAUGCUGACAGGAAGUACAGCAAUUUUCAGCUGCUCUUUUUAACAUACCAAAGGUGUGUAACACCAGUUGGUGUAUGUCAGCUAUGUAUUAAACACCCAAAGGCACCCAAGCAAACUAAGGAGAACAGAUUUAUAGACGACUUUGCUCUGACAGCAGGAACUAUAACAUGUGGAGUGAAUAAUUAGCCUGGUUCCGUAAUGAAGGGAACUUUGGACAACCAUCUCUACUGACACCAGAGGACAAAGCAUCUAUCAGACAUUUUAACAUAAGUUCUAAAUUCACACAAGUCCAUGUUAGUCACUUUGUGUCCUAUUAUUCUAUUUAUGUAUUUAAUCAUUUUAGACACUUUUUUUUUAUAGAAUGUGUCUGAAAAAUUAAAUAUAAAGGCUUAAACUAUUUGCAACUGGACUACAUGCAGAAGUCACACAUUUAAAAACAUGCGGUUUCUGAGACGAGGUUGGCAGGUCCUGCUACUGAGGAUCACUGUUGUGGUGGGAUCACUGUGGAUGAUAUUUCUUGUCAGUCAGCUGGAUAAUGAUUGGACAUCUGCCCGCUUCCUUGAGUACAGCUGGUUAGAAUAUGCAGAUGAUGAUGGUAGCCCAGAAAAAGAGUACAACUGUCCAGCUAUCCUGCUGGGAGAGCGGGAGGCGGUAGAGCAGGCCAAAAUACUGACUAUCACUAAACAUUUCCGCAAGAGUAUUCAGAUCCCUGAUGACUAUUAUAUUAAUGCAACGCAAGAUUGCAGGGCUUUCAAGUUAAGUAGGAAAUAUGUAACAUUCCCAUUAAGCAAGGAAGAGGAGGACUUUCCUCUGGCUUACUCUAUGGUUGUGCAUCACAAGGUGCAGAACUUUGAACGAGUACUGCGGGCGAUUUAUGCCCCUCAGAAUAUUUAUUGUGUUCAUGUGGACAAAAAAUCAGAAGCUUCAGUCUCCUCUGCCAUCAGUGCUAUUGCCUCCUGUUUCCCCAAUGUCUUCCUAGUCAGCCAGGCUGAGAAUGUGGUCUAUGCUGGCUGGCCACGUGUCCAAGCUGACCUUAAUUGCAUGGCUGAUCUCUAUAAUGCCAGCACAAAGUGGAAAUACUUUAUCAACCUUUGUGGUCAGGACUUCCCUCUGAAAACCAACUUGGAGAUGGUAAGAAUGCUGCGCACCCUGAGGGGCGGGAACAGCUUGGAGUCUGAAAGCAUGCCUCCAGAAAAGAAGUGGAGAGUGUCAUAUGUUCAUCAGAUCAUUAAUGGAGGAAUCCAGACGACAAAAGAAACAAAGGAUCCACCUCCUUUCAAUCUGCCCAUUAUGUCAGGAAGUGCCUACAUUGUGGUUAGCCGAGGAUAUGUCCGCAGUGUGUUGAAAGACCAUCGAAUACGUGCACUGAUAGAGUGGUCCAAAGACACUUACAGUCCUGAUGAGCAUCUCUGGGCAACCAUUCAACGAGUCCCUGGUGUUCCUGGCUCUAAGUGGCCCAACCGUAAAUAUGACAUGUCGGAUGUAAAUGCAAUUGCUCGGCUGGUAAAGUGGCAGUGGCAUGAGGGGUCAGAGGAUUCAAUGGGGGCUGUGUACCCAGAGUGUAAAGGCAACCAUGUCAGGUCAGUAUGUGUAUAUGGCGCUGGAGACCUGCAGUGGCUGCUUGAACAGGACCACCUUUUUGCCAAUAAGUUUGAUGUGGAUACUGACCCCAUAGCCAUCUUUUGCUUGGAGAAAUAUCUCAGACAAAAAGCUUUGGCCGAUUUGGAGUGGUUGGAGAUUGUUCCUGGCCUAAAUAAGUUAUUUUAAUUUGUUCCAUUAGCUGUUAUAUGUAGUUUAAAGAAAAUGUCAUGUCUUAAAUUAUUUACAACUGAAGAUCCAUUGAUUAUUUUGAUGGGAAAGUCACUAAAUACUGAGAAAAGGUAGGGAUUGUUUGGAUGUAGUAUUUUCUAAACAAACAAAGAUAAAGAAGCACUUCAAAUUCAGCACUGAAACAGCUCUCCUCAAAGUCUCUAAUGACCUUCUUUUAGCCUCUGAUAGAGGAGAGAGCAUCAUUUUAAUUCUUUGACACCCUACUAGCCUCUCCGCAGCCUUAAAUCCUCAGACAGGUCCUUUUAAGCUGUGCCAGGGUCAAAACUCAAGACCAGAGGUGACCGAGCUUUCUCCAUCACCAUCAAUUUAUUCUUUUAAGUCACUUCUUAAAACACACUUUUAUCGACUGGCUUUUUAUAACAUUUUUAUUUACUUAAUUUAUUUUCAAAAUGUCACUCAUACAUGUGUGUUUUCUUUGUUGAUUUUAUUACCUUACUUUGCUGUGUGCUGUUCAGCACUUUGUAAACCUUGUUUUUUAAAAGUGCUAUACAAAUAAAGAUUUAUUAUUAUUAUUUUAAGUUUAAAUUAUAUGGGAAAGAGAAACUCUUUAGGCUGGUAUUAGAUGAUAUGAAAAGAAUCUUUUAAAUGUUUGCUUCCUGAUGAAUAAAACAGACAAUCCAUUUGGCUAGUGACUCAUUCAUUUAAGGUCUAUUUGAUAAUUAACAAAUAAUUUACUUCACCUAUCUUGGUGUCAGGAAGUGGAAUUGGAUUAACCGACUGCCGAGGACAACACUGAUGGAAAAGCUGGCUUCCCUAGUUUCAAAGAAGUGUGCGGUCCAUGGCCAUCAUUGUUCCAGACCACAAGUUUAAAAAAGAGGACACUUCUAAAGCUGCAGGAGUGAUAUUUAGUGUAAUUUUGAGUGCAAUAGGGAUGGGCACGUUAAUGUGUUAUUAUAGCAUUAAUGCAUUACUUAAUUAAUGCUGUCAAUUUUUUUUUAUUGCGUGUCCCCCCAAACCCCCCCCUUCCGCCUCUUCCUCCAUAUCUUGUCCUGCUGCAGCAGUACGUCUCAUGUAAACAAUCAGGAGAGAUUUAUUAAAAUGAAGAGAUUUUAUUUCUGGCACUUAAGGAGAAAGAAAAAGAACCAAUAUUUCUCUUUGUGCGUCAAAGCUCAUGCAAAUGGGCAGAAAAAUGGGAUUUAUGGACGUGAAACUGCUACCAACGGACAAUGAAAAACUUUUUUUUUUUUUUAUGAACUAAAUGUGGUUUUAUCUUGCAAAGUUUUGAGGCAAGAUGGCAAAGGUAAGUCAUUUGAGGACUAUGUUUUACAAACGUGAAGCAUAAAUUGGGCCUUCUGUUGCCUCUGGUUCA